UAUUUCGGAGGCAGUAGAAAAUUAAAAAAAAAUCUCCUCCGUGUCCCCGACUCAUCAGUUCGUCGGCGGCGAUGGCGGCAGCGGGAGCAACCGCCAUCCCCUGCUCCCUCGCCUCCCCGCGCCGACCGCCUCGGCACCGGAGGCCCGCGACGCCGAGAGCUUCAGGGGAAGCGGUAGAGAUUCGGGUCUGCACCAACCGCACUUGCGCGCGCCAGGGCGGGCGCGAGGUCCUGGCGGCGCUCGAGGGCCUCGCGCCGCCGCGCGUCGACGUGUCCUCCUGCGGGUGCCUCGGCCGCUGCGGGGCGGGACCCAACAUCGGCGCCUCCGUCUCCGGCGGCGGUGCCGCGGUAUUCGGCCACGUGGGCACCGCGGCGCGCGCGGCGCAUCUCCUGGAGCACCUGCUCGGCGCCUCCGAAUUCGACGCCGCCGCGGGGCUCGCUGCCCUCGCGGCGCGGGAGAAGGCGGAGGCCGCCAUCGAGAAGGGUGAUGCCGCCGAAGCGGAAGCCCUCUUGACUGAGGCUAUCCAGAUGAAUGCUUGUGGUGGCCUACACUUAGUGUAUAGAAGCAGGUCUAAGGCGAGAUUGUCAAUGGGGAAUGUCACUGGUGCGCUUGCUGACGCUGAGGAAGCAACAAAGAUAGCUCCAAAAUUUCCCCAGGCUCACUUGUCACGAGGGGAUGCUCUAUUUGCAAUGGAAGAGUACCGAGCUGCAGAGGAUGCUUAUGCUGAUGCCUUGGACCUUGAUCCAUCCAUUCGCCGGACCAAGUCAUUCAGGGCUCGCCUAGAAAAGCUACGACAGAAGCUUGCCAGUGUUGAUGUUUCCUCAUAGUCCAUCCAAACGGGUGCAAGUUUCAUCCGGCAAGAAAUGUUUACGUCGUCAGUGGAUCUGAAAAUUCUAAAUAGAUCAGUGAAACAACUGAAAACAUUUCUAUCUAGAUAGCUUUACUCAUUCUAUAUGGAGGCCAGAAAGUUUUCUUCUAUUAUCUUAAGCCUUACUCGUUCUGGUUAGCAAUGUAGUGUGUCAGUAUAUAUUGUAUAGUCUUUUGUUCAUUAUCCUUAUUGAUAUUCCAGUGAAAGACGUUGUCCAACAGUCCCAAGUUCCAAUGAUGUGCGUGGCACAUUGGGAAUACUACAAUAGAAGCAUGCGCACAUGCAUUGUAGAUUUGUAGUCCCGUUCCAAUGAUCCCAAGAGCACAUGGGCAGUUCCUGUUA